AUGCCAUUUCGAACAGACCUUGUCCUUAUGCCAAGGAAGGAUAUGCAGUUCCUUUUGGCGAUGAGCAUACUUGGGCAGGUUUACACUGAUCCACACCCAGAUCAAGAAUUGGUCCAGAUGCACUCCCUGCACAAAAUCAUGUGCCAUGCCAGAUGUAAUAUAUACACUGGACCACACAACCGCCAAUUCGCUCCAGGUAGCAUCUUUGAGGGUGGCUGGGAGUCACAUGCACCUAACAGAAUGAGAAUGUGGUGUUGA